AUGAAGGAUAUUCUCAAACGUGCUGGCAUGGUGGACUACAAGCCAGUAAUCACGCCUGUGUCUUCUGCGAAAAUCACAGACGACGUGGCUGUUCCCUCUGCCGAUCCAACACAAUACAGGAGUCUUGCUGGUGCUCUCCAGUAUCUUACGGUAGCUAGUCUGGAUCUAUCUUAUGAUGUUAAUCUAUUUUGUCAACAUAUGCAUGCUGCCACUACUACAGACUGGGCCUCUCUAAAGAGAGUCCUGCCGUAUGUCAAAGGCACCCUGAAUCUUGGCCUGCGUAUUUCUCGGUCUACAUCUAUGGAUAUUCACGCCUAUUCUGCCUCAGAUUGGGCUGGCGAUCCGAAUGACUGCAAAUCUACUAGUGGCUUUGUUGUGUUCUUGGGCAGUAAUCUUAUAUCUUGGGUUUGUCGGAAGCAACGUACAGUGGCACGUUCAUCGACUGAAGCAGAAUACAAGGGACUCGAUGAUGUAUCUGCAGAAGUUACAUGGCUCGUUUCUCUAUUACAUGAAAUCGUCAUCUCGCUUGCGUCUCCUCCUCGACUAUGCUGUGAUAAUUUGGGAGCAACUUAUUUAUGUGCCAAUCCAGUGUUUCAUGCAUGCACGAAGCACAUUGAGAUUGAAUAUCAUUUUGUUCACGAUGAAGUAGCCAAAAAGGAGUUAGAAGUGCAAUUUAUUCCAACCAAGGAUCAACUAGUGGAUAUUUUCACAAAGUCUCUGUCGUCUCUCCGUUUUAACUCUCUCCGUGACAAACUCAAUGUUUUUGCUAGCCAACCUUGUGCUUGA